UCAUCCGUCUUGCAGUUUUGUGUUCAGGAGGCCAGACGUGAACUCGACGGAAGAACAGAGUAAUAGAUCAGAGACUUUACGUUGAAAACCAUGCUUAAACUUGCUCUAGUCGCUCUUGUGCUUCUCAGCGCCAGCUGUUUGGCCAAACAAUCUGACCCCAAAGUGCAGGUGUACAGCCGUAAUCCUGGAGAGUAUGGGAAGAAGAACGUGCUGAUCUGCUACGUCAGUGGCUUUCACCCCCCUGACAUCACCAUCAAGCUCCUGAAGAACGGGGUGGAGAUCCCGGACAGCCACCAGACCGACCUGGCCUUCGAGCAGGGCUGGCAGUUCCACCUGACUAAGUAUGUGGACUUCACCCCCCAGGCGGGAGAGGAGUACACCUGCCGCGUCCGUCACAUGACCAGCCCAGAGAAAUCUUACAGAUGGGAACCUGACAUGUGAACGUGCUACAAUUGCUGGAAAUAACAUUUUAUUCUCUUCGGCUUCUCUCCAUAACACCAAUCCAGCUUCAAUUUCAUUUUAUAAUUCAGGAGUGUCCAGCCUUCUCCGGGUUCAGGUGUUUUUUUAAUUGGAGCUGAACUCUGCAGGAUACUAGAUCCACAUCCUGAUAUCAGAUCUCAGCUUGUCUGUUUGGGGUGUAUGGUCUGAUCCUGCUCUAGGAAGGCUGAUGUGUCCAGCUCUAAUCAAACACCCCUGGACCAGGACGGGACACUCCUGCUUUAGGAUAUGCUGCCUGCUGCAGACUGCAAUGUGUUUUCUUUUACUCAAUAAGAAAAAUGUGUAUCUUUAUA